AGAAGUCACCCAGAGUUUGACAAACUCUUCAAAGUAAGGCCAGUGAUAGAUUCUGUUCAAAAUAAAUGUAGGAAGGUUCCACAAGAGGAAAAGCACUCUAUUGAUGAACAGAUCAUUCCUACAAAGGGCAGGUCUCCAAUAAGGCAGUAUAUUCCCAACAAGCCACAUAAAUGGGGAAUAAAGGUUUGGGCACGCUGUGGAGUCAGUGGCAUUGUUUAUGAUUUUGAUGUUUACACUGGUGCUUCUCCAAAUGGGAAUCUAGAUGAGUCAUUGCAAAAUUUUGGCGUUGGUGUAUCUUCAAAAGGAAAGGAUCUGGGCUGUAGCAACAAUACGGCAGACAGACUGAAAGGUGCAGAGAAAGUCCUAGAAGACAAAAAAAGCUUGAGCAAGAAGGGAAGAGGGUCCAGUGACUGGUGUGUUGAUGCCAACAGUAAUGUUGUGAUUGUUCGUUGGAUGGACAAUGGAGUUGUUCAAUUAAUUUCAAAUUACAUUGGCAAAGAUGAUGGUUCCAAGGCUCAAAGGUGGUCAGCUAGAGAAAAGAAGUUUAUAACUAUAUCUCGACCUCUGAUGGUUGAAGAGUAUAACUUGCACAUGGGGGGAGUCGAUUUAUGUGACAUGCUGAUGGCUCUCUACCGGAUAAGACUUCGCUCUAACAAAUACUACAUGCAUAUCAUUUAUUAUUGUAUUGGCGUGUCAGUCAUCAAUGGAUGGCUUCUCUAUAGAAGGCACUGCAUGCAGCUAGGAAUUCCAAGUAAAGAUGAAUUGACAUUGAUUCAAUUUCAGUCAAUGGUUGCAAAUGCCUUGACACUUGCUGGGAAGAGCACACAGCCAAGAAGAGGACGGCCAUCGAUUACCCCCCCUCCAAAGAAGAAAACAAAAUGUCAUGCUGUAGCAACACCCAUCAAUGAUGUUCGCUUUGAUAAUGUUGGGCAUAUCCCAGAUUUUGAGGAGAAGCAACAGAGAUGUCGUUACUGUCCUAAGGGGUACUCUGCAGUCAAAUGUGUGAAAU